CAUUCACCUCAUUUCCUCGCAUUGCUCUUAAAGGAUAUUUUGCAGUUCUUCAAUCAUUACCUCAAACUUUGUUUCAUGCACUAAAUUCAGUUUGGAAUAACUAAAUUUGGAACAACAUCCCUGCCCGUUCUUUGAUUGUAUAGCUUGUGAAAAUUAAAUUGGAAAGGUUUGGAAGAUGCAACAACAACUUUACGUGGAACAAUAUGAAAAGAAAUUGAAUCUGAUGGCAGAGCAAGUGAGAAAAGCUGAUGAAGAGAGAAGUCGAGCCUUCAAUGAGCUGACACAAAUGAGAAAGGUUGCUAAGGAGACUAAUGUCAGGGUUGAUGAAGCGUUAUCCAUUAAGAGAACAAUUUCAGAUCCACAUGUAAUAAAACAACACAUGGGUAUUAAAGACAACAACAUUGAACCAUCAAAACAACGAUUGUCAGCAAAAGAUGCUUUGUUGGACAACAUGAGGAACGAGAUGGAUUAUCUUAGAUCAUCUGAAGCUAAUGUAAUGGCCAUAUUGUCUGAUUAUAGAAGGAAAAUUCAAAAGUUGGAGGCUGAACUAGACAAGCGAAAAGAAUCAGAAGCAAAUUUGUUUGACACAUUGGUAAUGCAAACAAAACAGUUAGAGCAAAAUAAGAUUUUGCUUGAAGAAUCAAAGCUUGAAAUCACUUCUCUAGAAGAAAAACUAAAGCCUCUUCAAGUGAGUGCCACCCAAACCAUCAAAACUCCUGUGAUGGACCAUAGCUUUUCUAGAAAAAAAAGUGUAAAGGGCUUGGAAAUUGAAGCCGAGCUAGAAGAUGAGUUGUUCAAUGAUGAAGGACGACCCAAGAAGGCCAAAACCACGCUUGAAGAGAUAAAUAUACUUAAAAAUGAAUUGAAGUUAGCAAUGGAAGCAGAGGAAAAUAGCAAGAAGGCCAUGGAUGAUUUGGCAUUUGCACUCAAAGAAGUGGCAACAGAAGCCAACCAGGUAAAGGCAAAACUAACCCUGAGCCAAGUGGAACUAGAACACACCAAAGGGGAUGCAGAGCGUUGGAGGACAAUGUUAGGAAGCACAGAAGAAAAGUACAAGGUACUUCUAGAAGCAACUAGGAAAGAAGCUGAUAGAUACAAAAAUACAGCUGAGAGAUUGAGAUUAGAGGCUGAAGAGUCCCUUUUGGCAUGGAAUGGGAAGGAAACUGAGCUUGUAAAUUGCAUUAGAAGAGCUGAAGAGGAAAGGUUACGUUCACAAAAAGAAACCACUAGAGUUAUUGAGAUGCUAAAUGAAGCGGAAAACAAGAUAAGAGUUUCCAAGGAUGAAAAUCAAAAGUUACGUGAUAUACUAAAACAAGCCUUGAAUGAAGCUAAUGUCGCAAAAGAGGCUGCGGAAAUUGCAAAGGCUGAAAAUGCUCGACUACAAGAUGGUCUUAACCUACUUGUCCACGAGAAUGAGAUGCUGAAAAUCCAUGAAGCUGCGUCAUUUGAGAAUAUUAGAGAGUUGAAACGUAUGCUAUCAGAAUCAUCCAUGAAGGAGUUCAAACACGAAGAUGUUGAGAAGCCAAAAGAAGGUGGCAAGGAGGAUAAGGAAUCAGGGAGAAAAGCAAAGGCACAUCAUCCCUCAAUGGAUCAUAGGGAGCAUAAAGAAUCUAAGAGUUUGAACAAAACUUUUAGUCUUAAUUUGAAGGAUAUGAUAACACCCCACAAGCAACAACACAACAACAAGGUGGGGAACGAAGAGACCAACAAGGAUACAGAUGAUGACACAUUAAGAGGUUCAAUAUUUGAUGAAGUGGAUUCAUCGGAUUCAGAAUUACGUCACGAUGGAGAAAUGGGAAUCCCUGAUGAUUUUGACCAUCUAGAUGAAUCACAUUUUGAUGAUCCCGAGGGUGACAGAAACUCAAGGAAACGAAGAGCUUUGCUAAGAAGAUUUGGGGACCUUAUUCGAAGAAAAGGUUACCAUAAUCACCGAAAGGAACCAUCCAAUGAGGAACAUUUACAAACGUGACACCAUAACUUUGUGAGAAUUGAUUCAUAUGUUAAUUAGACUUUGUGUUUAUAAUUUUAUUUUUGUUUCUUUUUUGCUUUGGAGUUAUUUAGAUAAUUUCUGAAGUUUUACAAAGGUCUAUUCAAGACCCAUAAUUUUGUUGGUCACUUUUGUGUUUUUGUCUAUUCUAGUGUGCUAAAAGUGACGUAUAGUAUAAUUUCCAUCUAAGAGACUUAUGUAAAAUAUGAUAUAGACUAACUAAGGGUACAUAACAUGAUACCAGGAAUCAGGAUACACAAGGUUGAUACAAGUAUUUAUGCCUUCUAUCACUUACAAGAUAUAAAAGUAGCAACAUCUUGAAAUAUUGAUUAA